AUUAUGAAAAUAAUUACGCAAAGAUAAGACUCUUAUCGGCGAUAUUUAAAUACCAAAUUUAACUUUCUUCCAAAAUGCUUAUGACUCAGUAUCGAAUUUUUAAAAUUUAAAAAAACAUUAAAUAUAUAUCGAGUAGGUGCCCGUAUAUAAAAUGGUGGGUUAUAAAAUGAAACAUAUUUUGCAUUGCUGUGUAUUUUUUACAAUAUUAAUAGGAGCACUUGCAGUACGAAUGUAUCGUUAUUUAAGUGGGAAUGACAAAUGUGAUUAUUCUUCUUUGACAAUAUUGCUAAAUUUUAUGAAAUUCGCGACAUUGAUGUCUCUGCCUCAUAUAUUAUUUAAUAUGCUUGGCCUAAUACUGUACGAUGCGUUUCCGGGUAAGGUUAAGUUAAAAGGCUCGCCAUUGUUGACGCCAUUUAUAAACAUACGGGUAGUGACCCGCGGGGAUUAUCCACAGUUGGUUAAAACGAAUGUGACGCGUAACUUGAAAACGUGCAUGGACGCAGGAUUGAAAAACUUCAAGAUAGAAGUCGUCGCUGGCAAGCCGAUUGGAUUGAUGUCACACAGAAGAAUCCGGGAGCUGGUGAUUCCGAGCGAGUACCGGACCAAGUCCGGGGCCUUGUUUAAAGCACGCGCGCUACAGUACUGCCUCGAGGACGGGGUUAACGAGUUGACUGACCAUGACUGGAUCGUCCAUCUUGAUGAAGAAACGCUUCUUACAGAGAACUCGAUCCACGGGAUCCUGAACUUUGUCCUCGACGGCAAGCAUCCUUUCGGCCAGGGUCUCAUCACUUACGCGAACGAAACCGUCGUCAACUGGAUCACUACCGUAGCCGACAGCUGUAGAGUCGUUGAUGACAUGGGCAAGCUCAGGUUCCAGUUCCGUAUGUUCCACAGACCGCUUUUUAGUAUAAAGGGUUCCUUCCUCGUCGCCCAGGCUGGUGCCGAGAAACACGUGACCUUUGACAAUGGGCUGGACGGUUCCAUAGCUGAGGACUGUUUCUUCGCACUGAAGGCCGACAGCCUCGGGUACACCUUCGACUUCAUCGAAGGCGAGAUGUGGGAAAUGUCUGUAUUCACAAUAUCCGACUUUAUCCGACAGCGUACGCGUUGGAACCAUGGCAUCUACUUAGUCAUAACCUCCAAUCUCAUUCCCUUAAAAAAUAAAGUAUGCGUCGCCUUUAUGUGGAUCUCAUUGCAACUAUUACCUUUCUCAAUUAUUUCUGGCUUUCUGACCUUCGUAAUUAACCUAGACUACUACAUCCUCAUCGAUUUGCCCAGUAUUUUUAUCAGCAUCAUCACUAUUUAUACGUACAUCUACGGAUCCCUUCAAUCAUUUUCAUUCGAAAAUUACAGUACACUUUCAUCAGUUGUAUCGAAAAUUUUACUUUUAUUUUCACCAUUAACAGUAGUCUUAGAAUGCAUUGCCCUAGUGUAUGCUCUUUUUGACCGUAAUUACUAUAAAUUUUAUGUAGUUAAUAAAGAGCGAUCAGUAGAUGACCAUAAAGAUUGA